UUUGACGCUUUAGAAUAACUUUGAGUUAUGACUUUGGGCCAGCAAAGAUUAUACGUAAAACUAAACGAAGGUCGUGGCAAAUAAAACGCUUUAAGACAUGGCUUUUGCGCUGAUAUUUCAGGCAACGCUUGGCAAACAGGCAAAGGCGCUGGGCGCUGGCAACUUGGAAGCGUGGCCCAACAUGAUCAAACUGCGACCAUAUGUGCCCUCCAAGCGCAUCGCCAUACGGGACUCCUCAAUUGAUGAGGACAUCAGCGAUGAUGUUGACGAUGAGGUGUUCAUCAAGGACGCCAGAUCUGCAAAGCGCAGCGAAGAGCAGGGCCUGAAGCGUCCACUGAUGGCGCCGCGUCGCAAGAAUAGCUCCGGCUCUGGGAACAGCUCCACGCCGAUCAUGAAGCAGCACAAGCGACGACGCUGCUGCCGUUGGUGUGAGCCCUUCUGCUAUGGCCUUGCCGCGCUCACCGUGCUCUGUGCGCUGUUGAGUUUGGCGGCAUUGAUGCUGACGCUAUUCCCGCUGCCCGUGCAGCGCAUCCAUCACUGGUGGGGCGAGGAUGCGCAGCUGGCGGCCCUGUCCGCUGCGGGCAGCAGCUAUGGCAGCAGUCUGGGCAGCGAGUUCGUGCCCUGCACACAGAUCAGCGUACAGCGACUGUGGACACGCAGUCUGCCCAGAAUGAACAGUGAGAGUCCGUUGCGAGCAGCCGAUCUGAAUGGGGAUGGUAUCCGGGAUGUAAUCUUUGGCUAUGGCGUCGACGACAACAUACACUACGAGGGCAUACCGCUGCCACGCUGCAAAUCGGCCCAGCAGGGCGAUGAUGUGCCCUGCGAGGGUGGCGUCGUGGCGCUCAAUGGACGCGAUGGUUCCCUAUUGUGGCAAACGUGGAGUGUGGCGAAUGUGUUCUCGCUGCACUGUAAUGCGGACGUAGACCGAGAUGGUGGCAUCGAUUGUUUGGCGGCGGGACGACUGGGCAUGAUAUUUGCCAUUAAUGGACGCACUGGUCAGGUCAUAUGGAACUUUCACGAACUGGAGGUGGAGACCAACUCGCCCAUUGUCAUGGAUCUGUACACGAUCAAUGUGCUACGCGACCUGGAUGGCGAUGAGGUGCCCGAACUGAUAGCCGCACACUUGGAGGAGCGCGAGGAGUCCAAAGCGGGCCACAUAAAGCUUAUCUCAGGCAAAACGGGAAAGGUGCUGCGCAGCAUACCCACGCCGCAUCGCGAGGAGAUGUUUGUGCCUAUACAGCUGCUGACCCAGGCCGACGGCACCGAGCUGCUGCUCAUGUUGACCGGCGGGCAGAAUACGCCGGGCGGCAUUUACAGUCUGCGGCUGCUCACGUUGAUGGCGCACACCAGCGAGAAGCAUUUCAUCCCACUGCAUCAGCAGACGAGCUCUGGUCUGAUGGUGCCUGCCGUGCUCAGCGAUCUGAAUGGCGAUGGCAUCUCGGAUAUCGUGGUGGCCGCCUUCAAUAGCAGCGUCUAUGCCUACGAUGGACACACCUAUGGGAUGCUCUGGAACUAUACGUUCCCGGCCAGCGAAUGUGUAAGCGCCAUUGUGCCCGGGCACUUUGAUCGCGAUAAUGUCACGGAUUUUAUGGUCAAGUAUAAUACGGGUCCAGGUUUUCCUGUCUACUAUUACUCGCAGACAACGAUACUAGACGGACGCACUGGGCAGCCGCUGCUUGAUGCCACGAUGACGGAUGCGGGCGGCGCAAGCAGUUUGCUCGGUGGCGUCUCCAUCUCGCAAAGCUUUGGCGGCGAUUUCUUUCUGCACUGGCAGCUGCAGUGCCGCAACAGGCCGAAUGCAAGAGAUGCUUACGAGUUUGUGCCGGACAGCGACAUCAUUUUGCAGGCACGGGCGGACACCUGUCGGCUACGCUAUAACGAGUCCAUGGUGCUGAAGCUGUUUGCCAUUGCCCGGCACAUUGAGCCGCCGGGCGCUGUGCUGUUUAGCACAGAUGAUCUCGAGGUGCAUCUGAAUCGCACACAGCGACCGGCGCCGGCGGGCAAAAAGUCGCCGCUCAAGCAUCCCAAGCUGCUCAAGAAGCUGCUGGCCAAUCGGGAGCAACUGCUGAGGCAGGCCGCCAUAGAUGGAGCCGAUCAGCAGCAGGAGCAGCCGCCUGGUCCGGUCAAGUACACAAAACAGCAUCACAAGCAUCCGCUGCCAGAGCUGUUGCCGGAGAACGAGUUGCCCAGCUUUGCUGGUGGAUACAUCAAGGAGCCCUACAAAGAAUUUAAGGACUAUGAGCCAGGGGCAGUAGAAAACCCCAAUGCCAUGCGUCUGCCAGAGGAGUAUGAGCUAGUGUACAAUGAUGAGCUGCCGCAGCUGGCGGAGCAGAACGAGCGGCCCAUACAUCUACGCAGCAAAUAUCCCAGUGGGAGCAAUCGGGAUGUGCGCAGCGGCAGACUUGAGUCGAGCAGCACCACCAGCACCCCCAGCAGCACCUCCACCAGCCAGCCGUUGUCCGCACAGUCGCCGCUCAGCCUGUGGGAUCUGGAGCUGGACAAUGAGGCGCAGGAGCAGGCAGCGGAUGCAGCAGCUGCGGCAGCGGUAACCAGUUCCACGAGACAGUCGCAGUAUCGCAGACGCAAGCGACAGCGACGUAAUGAGCCAGCCUCUGCCAGCAGCACCAGUAGCAGUGCUUCCACUACCAGCAAUAAUGCUAGCGAGGAUUCGACAGCGACGCCAGUGGAUGCACCAGCAGAGGACUGGUAUUUGGCAUCUAUUUCGUCGACGGGCGUGUUGCUCAAGGCGCUGGGCAAUGUCAGCUCUUCGCUAGACUUUGCCUUUGUGCUCAACAUACGCGAAUCCGAGGCGUAUCCACCGUUGUUCUCGCCGCAGGAUCUCAGCUGUGUCGAGGAAAAGAUCAGCGCCUAUAAAAGCUAUACCGCCGACAAUUUGCGCGUGCUGCGCAAGCAAUUCCUCAAGCAGUGCCUGAGCGAGCGGCUCGUUGACGCGGAUCCCGCGUUGCCCAAAUAUGAGGCACAGCUGAUAAUUACACGAAUUGGCAUUACAUGCACCUGCCGCACGCUGCAGCCGGGCGAGGUGUGCUCUGAGCUGGAUCCAAUUGAAGCACAACGCUGGACUGAGUUCAUGGGCAAUGAUGGCAAUGGCUAUUAUGCCAAUUAAAACUAAGUCUAUCCAACUAAAAAACUCUUUCUCUACUACGACUAUUGUAAUUAAUCGAAUGUCAUUUGCGUGUGUGGCUGUUUAUUGUAAUUGUAACAGUAUUUACAUGUGUAUUUGUGUAUA